CAUGUUUCAUAGCAUAUAUGUGGACGAAAAGAAAUCAUCACGAACAUAAAUAUACACCAAAAAUGACGUAAUAAAUGCAGAUUUGUCAAGAGAUUUAUCAGUCUCAGGUAAUGCCGACAUCGAGCCAGGCGCUCAUACUUAAGAAAGGCGUACUGACGGAGGAUGAAGUGCGACCGACGUCGUCGGGACAUUGGCCGGGAUCUCAGUGCUCUGUGCCGACAGGUGUGAGAUCAGGUCCCCAGUACGCGUUCCGUACCCCGGUCCACUGCAGCAUCGUGACCGUCUACAACUUUGGGCAGGGGCUGGUGGGCGGGGGAGAGACAUUCCGGACCCGGACGCUAUGCACGCCCUUGGGCGCGAGUCUGCGCAGCUCUUCAAGCAUCAACCGCUACCGAGGGGUUGCACCAGCAUCCUCGUAUUCGACCCAGACUCGAAAUCUUAUCAGUGGUGUGCGCAGGGCGGGUCUGGUUCCUACAUGGAAGUUGAUAAAGUGGACAGCCGGCCCACUUCCGGUCGAUGUCGGCCCUUUACCGCCGGGCCUGACAGAUCGUCCAUCUCUGCAAAGUCCUUUCCAGUACCAAAAGUUACUCGCUCAUGGUUUUCGGCCCACUACCCUUUUGCUGGACCCGGACUGCGUGUUUGACGUCACCAGCCACCAUGCGCCGCGAUCCCGGAGAGAGAGCCCACAGAAACCGGACGCACAUAGCGGGACCGCGGCACGGGGCGCUGUUGAUCAGAGAUCUUGCCCGGACGCGAAUGUAAUGCGCAGUGACAACAUCGACCGGAUCGCCCCAAGUCUGCACAUGCGCAGUGACAACAUCAACCGGAUCGCAACAAGUCUGCACUCGCACAGUGACAACAUCGAACGGGUCGCCCCAAGUCUGCACAUGCGCAGUGACAACAUCGACCGGAUCGCCCCAAGUAUGUACAUGCGCAGUGACAACAUCGACCGGAUCGCAACAAGUCUGUACUCGUGCAGUGACAACAUCGACCGGGUCGCCCUAAGUUUGCACAUGCGCAGUGACAACAUCGACCGAAUCGCCCCAAGUCUGCAAAUGCGCAGUGACAACAUCGACCGGAGCUCACCAAGUCUGCACAGGCGCAGUGACAACAUCGACCGGAUCGCACCAAGUCUGCACACGCGCAGUGACAACAUCGACCGGAUCGCCCAAAGUCUGCACAUGCGCAGUGGCAACAUUGACCGGAUCGCCCCAAGUCUGCACAUGCUCAUUGACACAAACACCAUCCAGUCGGCCGAACGCCGCAGUUUUCAGUUUCCGGAACAACGAAAACGUGUCCCACUCGGAGGUAAAAUUGUUAGACUCCACUUAUACGACGCAUUUUGUGACAUUCUAUGUCGACUUUUUUAUUAUUUUCGCAAACAACGUAGCUUAUUUAUAAACUGUACCUUGUAAGUUGUGUGAUGUUAGUGAAUACAACGAACUUAAGUUGUAUCUACCAGCUACUGAUACUAUAAAUGACGUUCGAUUGGUCAUUGUCCGCUCGUAUACUACUUACAUGUACCCCGGGUACUCUUAAGUAUACUUACAUGUACCCCGGGUACGAUAAAUAAACUAAAACGUAUCCGGGAUAUUUAACGCAUAAUCGGCCGUUGUCGGCUAUUUUUUAUUAAGUUUAUUCACAUUUAUGUCAAUUGUCUGUAAAAUGACCUCUAUAUUAUCGUAACUCAUUCUCAAAAAAGCAUGUUGAUGCAGUUUUUUUUAAAGAUAAGUUUGUUUAAAGGGUCCGUCCAACAUAUUUUGUCAUGUCAUAAAUGUAUUGAAGCUUAUCAGUAAAUGCUUUAUAUUGAUAAAUUUAAUUAUUGGAACUAAAAAUCUCUAGUAAAAAAAAAAGAAUACGAUUUAAAAAAAGGGGAAAAAAAGUUAUCAUCAAAAGGGCUCGAACCCUGAGCCCUGGAGUCCGGGAGUAAAAAGUCUCCCACCUAGACCACUCGACCAUCAACGCUCAUGAUAAAAGCGGAUGUAUGUUUUACUUAUAUAAGCAAUCCUCGUAGUUUCCCACAAAUAUGUUUGCCGGCCCCUUUAAAAUAAUCGGUAGUGCGUUUUACGACAUCGGAUUUUGGGCGGGAAUCCAACAAGGGUACAGUCUUAUAUCGACCGGUUACGAUUAAGUAUUAACCGUAC